UGUCCCCGUUGGCAGCGGUGACCUUUCCCGUUGCGUUGUCAGUCCCUGGUGCAUACCGCGCAUAUCGAUCGAUUGCUGUGUGUGUGUGUGAGUCUGUGUUCGGACGAGUUUGUUUAUCAACACGGAACGCAUACACGCACACCGUCAACGCUCCUUCCCGGCAUUUGAUCGAAGGGUGCUGUGUGCUGUGUUAUAUCACGCGAAGUAACGCUGCUGGUUGCUCUGUUUUCGGUGAAAGUUUCCCCCACAUCGUGUCGGUAGUCACCUGGUGGUUGUGGCUGUGUCGUGCACCACACACAGAUGGUUGGAAUUAUUAGUUCCGGUGUGUGCCGCGUGUCCGUCACCGCCACGACACUUCUGUUUCGGGAGUUUGUGCGAAAGGCGAAAGUACGCGGCACGGCGCUGAACUUUUCGCUAGCUUCGGCGGCUACAGUUGGAGGUGGUGGCGGCAUUCGACGAAAGCUGGAACGAGUGGCCGGCAGUGCGGGGUUGAUUAUGGGCUCUAGCGGCAGUGUCCUUCCGAGGAGUUUGGUUUUGAACUCGAAACGAGACAAAUCAUCCACUGGAGAAACGGACCAGCAUCAAACGCCACUGACCAUGGAGAAGAAAGAGGAACUGGUGGCAAAGCUCACACCACUGCAGUAUCACGUCACGCAGGAAGCCGGCACGGAGCGACCCUUCACCGGAAAGUAUAACAAAUUCUACGAAAAGGGCACCUACAUCUGUGUCGUGUGCAGCCAGGAACUGUUCAGCUCGGAAACGAAGUACGAUUCCGGUUGCGGUUGGCCAGCAUUCAACGACGUGCUCGACCAGGGCAAGGUGACACUGCACAAAGAUCCCAGCAUUCCCGGGGGUAAUAUCCUAUUGUUGAUCACACAACCAGGCCGCGUGCGGACGGAGGUACGAUGCUCGAAAUGUGCUGCACACAUGGGACACGUGUUUGAAGAUGGGCCACCACCGACCCGGAAGCGUUACUGCAUCAACUCGGCGUCGAUCGAGUUUAUGCCCGCCGGAUCCGAGCGCAAGGACGUUUGCAAAACCGGUUAUGAACCUACCUUCUUUCUAGCCACUUUGGAUUCAAACAACGGAUUUCGCUUCAUAGCGUCGGCUGCCAUUGUGAUCGAAUGUCAAGCCGUUCCCUCGAGCCAAGAUCCGGAUGGGCUGAGUUUGUUCCGCAACGGCAAGGUGCUGAAGAUUGUGCUGAAGAACUUCAUGUGCCAUCGGCAUAUGGUGGUGGAGUUUAACAAGCGCGCCAAUUUGCUGGUGGGCAAGAAUGGAAGCGGCAAGAGCGCUAUCCUGGCGGCCAUGACGAUCGGGCUCGGUUGCAACGCGGGUCAAACGAAUCGGUGCAGCAGCUUGAAGGAUUUGAUCAAGCACGGCGAAACGCAGGCCGUGAUCGAGAUACAUCUGGAGAACACUGCCUUCAAUGCGUACGACCCGGAGCGCUACGGCGGGCGCAUCAUAUGCGAGCGCACACUGAACGCGUCCGGGGGCGGAUCGUACAAGCUGAAGAACGAGCACGGCCAGACCGUGUCGACGAGCCGGGCGGAGCUGCAGAAGAUACUGCUCGCGUUCAACAUCCAGGUGGACAAUCCGAUCUGCGUGCUGAACCAAGAUUUGGCCCGCUCGCUGCUGAAGGAUUCGGACGAAAGCAAACAGUACACGUUCUUCUCGAAGGCGACCCAGAUCGACACCAUCAAGCAGAAGCUGAACGAGUGUGCCGUGAUCGCCAAGAAGGCGCGCGACGUGCUGGUGGUGAAGGAGAAAAGCCUUGAGUACCUGUCGAACGAGAUCGUGGUGCUGGAGGAAAAGCAAUCCAACCUCGAAUCGGCGGGACGGAUGGGCGAACUGUUGAGCGAGCUGCAGGCAAAGCUGGCCUGGCGCAACGUGAUCGACCAGGAGGAACAGUUGGCGGCAGUGGAUGACGAGCUGAAAAAGCUCCGGACGUCGAUCGAAGAGCAGGAGCAUCGGAUACGCAACCGGGAGGCGUUGGUCGCGAAAACGGACAGUACAAUUGACACGUACCGGGCCGAUAUCGAGAGCAAAAAGCAGGAAUACGUUGCACUGAAGGAGGCGUACGGGACGGUCCGACGAACUUUACAGGACGUACAGGCGAAACAGGCCGCCAUCGAGCGUGGUAUGCGCAAUGCAUCCGAACGUGUGACCCGGAUCCAGAAGGAUGCCCGGCAGAUCGAGCAGGAUCUGCAGGAACGAAACAGAGACGGACUGAGCCAGGUCGAGCAGAGGAAGCAAGCGGUGGAGACAGAAAAGGCGCAGCUCAAGGAACGCAACGACGAGCUGGCGUCGAUGAUUGCCAGCGCGCAGCGUGAGGUGGACCUGAUGUACAACACGAUGGCACACGUGAAGGACGCCCGGGAGGAGAAGCACCACGAGCGGUGCGCCAAGCAGAGCGAGACGACGCGCAUCGAGAAGCAGCUGGAGCAGUUCGAGUCGGCUCCCCGCAGUAAGCUGGCGGUGUACGGUACGAACAUGCCGGCCCUGGUCGCCCGCAUUCGCCAGCUGCACCAGCAGGGCAAGUUUUCCGAGAUGCCGCGCGGUCCGCUCGGGCAGUACAUCGAGGUGCGGAACAAAAAGUGGAGCGGCAUCGUGGAAACCGCCCUCGGCGGCUGCCUGUCCGCGUUCUUCGUCUCGACGCAGGAAGACUGGCGCACGCUGGACGCGUUGCUCAAGCGCGAGUUUCCCGAUCUGCAGAACCGCACCAUCUUUACGGGCCGGUUCGUGAAGGAGCUGUACGAUGUGCGCAGUGGCUGCGUGCAGGAGCAGGACGGCACCCAUCUGCUGAUGAAUCUGAUCAAGGUGAAUGAUCCGGUCGUGAUGAAUCGGCUGAUCGAUAGUGCCGCCAUUGACACGAUCCUCGUCACCGAGCACCAGAGCGUCGCGAUACAGCUGACGAGCGAGAUCGAGAACGUGCCGCAAAACCUGAGCAAGGUGAUCGUGGCCGAACCGUGCGCGGAGUUCUUCCCGCAGCCCAAGUACCGCUCGUACGGGCUGCAGCAGAAGCCGCCCCGCUACCUGCAGGUCAGCAUGGACGAGCUGAAGCGCCACACGCAGCAGCGCCGGGAGCAGCUGCAGCGCGAGCUGAACGAGCUGAACAGUGCGUACGCCAAGGAGGACGAACGGCUGCAGGAGAUGACGCGCAAGCUGCACCAGCGGCAGCAGCACAUGAAGAAGCUGCAGCAGGAGCUGCUGACGAACGAGCAGCAGCUGCAGCAGCUGGCCGGCGUCGUGUUCGAGGGCGAAACGGAGGAAACGACGCUGCGGGAGGAGUUGGAGCAUUCGCGCACGAUCCUUGCCAAGCUGCAGAAAGGCAUCGAGGAGGAGCAGGCCAAGCUGGACCAAGUGCGCCGAACGGUGCAGCAGGAGGAGCAGACCGCGCAGGCCAAAAAGGAUGCGAUGGGUGCGGUGGAGGCGGAGAUAGCCCGCAUCCAGGCCAGCAUCGAUAAGGAGCAGCAGGCGCGCCACGAUCUGCAAACGAACCACAAGGUGAAGCAGCAAGCACUGAAGCGAUCGACGGAAAGUAUGGAGGAGCGCAAGCGGACACGCGUUGCGCUGAGUGCGGCACUGGAGCAGGCACGCCAGGAAGCUAGCGAGAAGGGUGAGCGACCCGACGAGAGCGAACAGAUUCCAUCCGUGGAGCAGCUGAAGGGGAAAAUUCAUACCACCGAAAAGCGAAUCAGACUGGUUAGUGCAACGCAGGACAAGCUGGAGGAUGUGGUGGAGGAGCUGGAAGGUAAGAAUCGCGAACGGGACGAGCUGGUCCGCUACUCGACGGCACUGCGCGACCUAACCCAGAUGAUGAGAGACAUCCGCAAAUCACGCUUCAGCCACCUGCACAAGCUGACCACACACAUGGCGCUUCGGGUGAAGCAUAAAUUCACGAACAUCAUGCAAAUCCGGAACUAUCUCGGGAAGCUGCGGGUGAACCAGGAGGAAUGCAGGCUGUCCCUUUCGGUGGUGCCGCGCGAUGCUAACGUGCAGAAUGCCGUUUCGACCACCAAAUCCCUGUCCGGCGGUGAGCGUUCGUACGCCACCGUGGCCUUCCUGAUUGCGCUCUGGUCCUGCGUGAGCACACCGUUCUUCUUCUUGGACGAGUACGACGUGUUUACUGACCAGGUGAACCGGCACACCAUCACGCGGCUGCUGCUGAACGAAGCGAUGAAGAAACCGGACCGUCAGUUCUGCUUUCUAACACCGCAGGACAUGAGCGAAGUGCAGGCCACGGCUGAGUUAACAAUCCAUCGCAUGGAAGAUCCGGAACGAUGUUAAAUGUGGUUCUAGCGGGAUGAGAAUCGAUCGAACAGUUAUCGAACAUUCCUCCGCUUUAUGCGAAGGGUUGGAAAGGAAUAAUGAUAGCUUUAAACACGUUGUUAAAAGUUUUGCAGAAAGGGACCGUUGAAGCAAUUAUGCGAACGAAAAUUAUCAUCCAUAAACAACGUGCCCAAAACGCACAAUAUCGAUCGCAAAGUGUGCAAAGUGAGUUAAAAUGUGCCUGCAGCAGUCAUGCUUAAUUUGCAUCUUUGAAUAAUUGAGUUACCUAGUGAACGGGUUAGUACAACGCAGUAGGCGGCAUGUUUCUUGUUCGAUGAUCUGAAUGUUAGCUUGCAUCAAUCGUAGCAGGCCCCACGGCAAAGGACAGUUAGCAAGGACAUGUUGGAAGGAACGGGAGUAACGUUUUUGGCUUGGGAAAAAGUAUUCAAAGUUUAUGUUAUGUAUAUUCGCUUGAGUGGUACAUGAAACCAGUGCCCAUCCGGAAGAUAUUCGAAGAUGUCAGUUGUUUAAAACAAUAAACCGUUAGUACGUAGCGGAA